GUAUGUAUAUAUAAGAGGGGGAAGGCGAAAACCUGCUCGCUGGAGCAGUCAGGAAUGGCGGAACCGUUUGGAAAUGGAGGGGGAGGCCUGCUGAGGGCUUCAAUGUGCGGCGGGGGAGAUGCCAUCAGCGAGGUGGAGCAGUUAUCUAGGGAAGGCAGCCAUUACAGCCUCUCCACUGGGAUUCUUCCUUCGCUCGGCGCCAGGAGUAACCGCCGCGUCAGUUUUCGUUCCUUCAUUCUGUCGCCCUACGAUCGCCGUUACAGAGCAUGGCAGAAUUAUCUGAUCGUGCUGGUCGUUUAUACGGCAUGGGUGUCUCCGUUCGAAUUUGGUUUUCUCAGUAAACCUACACGACCCCUCUCCAUCACCGACAAUGUUGUCAAUGGAUUCUUUGCCAUUGACAUCGUCCUUACAUUCUUUGUAGCUUACCUGGAUAAGAAAACUUAUCUUUUUGUUGAUGAUCGGAAGAAGAUUGCUCGAAACUAUGCCACUUCUUGGUUAGCAUUCGAUGUUAUAUCAACGAUCCCUUCUGAACUUGCCGUGAAGAUCUCUCCUAAACCUCUACGUAGUUAUGGCCUAUUUAACAUGCUUCGCCUUUGGCGUCUCAGAAGAGUUGGUGCCUUAUUUGCCCGAUUGGAGAAGGAUAAGAAUUUCAACUACUUUUGGGUUAGGUGUGCGAAGCUCGUCUGUGUUACUCUGUUUGCCGUUCAUUGCGCUGCUUGCUUCAAUUAUCUACUGGCUGCUCGUUAUCCUAACCCGGACAAGACAUGGAUUGGAGCAGCUAUUGAGGAUUUCCAUGAGAAAAGUCUAUGGAUUCUUUAUGUUACUUCAAUUUACUGGUCUAUCACCACUCUCACAACCGUCGGGUAUGGGGAUCUACAUGCUGAGAAUAUACGGGAGAUGAUAUUCGACAUUUUCUACAUGCUCUUCAACCUCGGACUGACAGCAUAUCUGAUAGGAAACAUGACAAAUUUGGUUGUGCAUGCAACCAGUAAGACAAGGAAAUUCAGGAAUACCAUUCAAGCUGCCGCGAGUUUUGCUCGGAGGAAUCGGUUGCCUGUUAAUCUUCAAGAUCAGAUGCUCUCACAUUUGUGCUUGAAGUUUCGAACCGAUGCAGAGGGGCUGCAGCAGCAGGACACUGUUGACUCACUUCCAAAAGCCAUCCGUUCGAGUGUUUCCCGGUUCCUUUUCUACUCUCUAGUAGAUAAAGUGUACCUGUUUCGUGGGGUGUCCAAUGAUCUCCUCUUUCAAAUGGUCUCCGAGAUGAAGGCCGAGUAUUUCCCUCCCAAAGAGGACAUUAUCUUGCAGAAUGAAGCACCCAUGGAUUUCUAUAUUCUCGUCACAGGUGCUGUGGAUCUAUUGAUUUUGAAAAAUGGAGCUGAACAGGUUGUUGGAGAGGCGAAGGCUGGUGAGCUUUGUGGAGAGAUUGGUGUGCUUUGUGUUCGUCCCCAACUUUACACAGUUCGAACAAAACGACUAAGCCAGCUACUACGAUUAGAUAGGAAUACCUUUCUGAGCAUCAUUCAGUCCCAUGUUGGGGAUGGAACAAUCAUCAUAAACAAUCUUCUUGAGCAUUUGAAGCAACAAAAAGAUCCAUUAAUGGAGGGUGUACUACUAGAGACCGAGAACAUGCUGGCUCGGGGAAGGAUGGACCUCCCUCUCACUCUGUGUUUUGCGGCACUUAGAGAAGACAACUUACUACUGCAUCAUUUGUUGAAAAGGGGUCUCGAUCCGAAUGAAUCCGACAACAAUGGAAGAACAGCUCUGCAUAUAGCAGCGUCGAAAGGAAAUGAAAACUGUGUGCUUCUUCUGCUGGAUUUUGGAGCCAACGCGAAUAGCCGAGAUUCAGAAGGAAGUGUACCUCUAUGGGACGCGAUGUUGGGGAUGCAUAAUCCCGUGGUUAAGCUAUUAUCCGACAAUGGCGCAAAAUUGACUGCCGGCGACGUUGGCCUAUUUUCAUGCAUUGCUGCCGAGCGCAACAACUUGGAGCUACUCAAGGAAAUUUCCCGGCAUGGCGGGGAUGUCACUCAGCCCAAAAGCAAUGGAUGCACAGCUCUCCAUCUUGCUGUUUGCGAAGGCAACAUUGAAAUAGUCAAGUUUCUCCUCGACCACGGCGCCAAGAUCGAUUCUGGAGAUGAAAAUGGUUGGACUGCAAGGGACCUUGCUGAGCAGCAAGGCCACGACGACAUCAAAGAGCUCUUCGAUUCUUACAAACGAGCCAAAAAUGGACAUUCUAUAGAGGAGCGUCAUGGGGUUCGUUUCCUGGGAAGGUACAAGAGCGAGCCUAACAUCUUACCUGCAAACCAGUUCGUCUCUUUGUCUGCAGCAGCAUCAGCCCCCGAUGGCUUGUGGGGCGCCCCUCGUCCCAAGCGUAGGAAAAACAACUUCUAUAAUUCUCUGUUCGGGAUCUUGUCUGCAGCACAAGCCGGAGACGGGAAUUCGCAUUCGUUAGGUGAUAAUGGCGCCAAUCCUGGAGCUAGUCGAUCUUAUGCUACCAGAGUGAAAGUGAGCUGCCCCGAGAAAGAUGAUUUUGCAGGAAAGCUUGUUCUGCUUCCUCAAUCCUUCCAAGAACUUCAUGAAUUCGGAGAAAAGAGGUAUGGACUCGUCUCUGUGAAAAUUCUCAACAAAGAUGGCGCUGCCAUCGACAACAUCGAGCUAAUCAGAGAUGGUGAUCAUCUGGUAUUUGUAAGUGAUCAUCGAAACUAG